CUUUAUUAUAAGCAAGCUAGAAAACCACGCAUAUAGGGGGUGGACCAUGUGGUUAUGGAGAUAAUAAAUUAUUUUAUUUAAGUUGGAACGUAUUUAUUCUAUGAGUAAACCUAAUUCCGCAAUAGGAUUGUCUAUAAUAAUAACAUUUUCGAUCAUGCCCAUCAUAUUCGGUUUUCAUUCUCCAACAAAAAACGCCUCUAAUAACGGAAAUAUACUUAUCAGCAAACUUAGUCAUAGGAACAACGCGGCUUCAACCACCGAACGCGCUCAUCCGAAACCAUUUUUGGGCAAUAUUUUGCGUCUACCUGGCAUCCAAAAUAAUACCAUCCUACCCGUCAAUUAUAAAUUUGUCGAUGACCAUGUCGAUAACCAAUAUUCGCUCGUCUCGGCCUACAACCUCACCCACAUUUACUCGAAUAAAAAUAGUGAUUUGGAAGCCUUGAAUGGGAGCUCGUUCUUGGAAAGAAUUGAUAUCGAACAGGAUAUUUUUUACGCCACCAAAAUGGCUGUGACCGAUUUUGAUUCUUCUACCGUUGAAAAAACGUACGUCGUAAAUGGAGAGAAGGUCAGUCCGAUAUCGUUGCAUUUUAUUAACAUCCCUCCCUACCUUACCGCGAAGCUAGUGAUGUCUUUUCAGAAACUAAAAAUAAUGGGUAUUCCUCCGCCAUCGUAUUCCGAUUUUUCUAAGCCACAAGAAGGCCCCCUUUCUUCCCAAGAUGGCGUGCCCCGACACGUGCCCAGUAAAACUAUGUACAUCGACGGCGAUAUCAUGAUAGGAGCCCUGUUUUCUAUGCAUCACCAACCCCAGGAUAGCUCUUCCAGGCAAUGCGGAGAGAUUUGGGAACAAUACGGAAUCCAAAGGCUCGAAGCGGCUGCUAGAGCCGUCGAAAUGAUUAAUGAGGAUCCCUCAAUCUUGCCAGACAUUAAACUAGGCAUAGAAGUCAGGGACUCGUGCUGGUAUUCCUCCAUCGCCCUUGGACAGACGAUAGAAUUUAUUAGAGACCAAAUCUCGGUAACAUCCACUAAUAGCGUUGAUUACGCUGAAGAACCCUUAGUUUCCAAUUAUGUAAAUGGUGAGUCAAAACCAGGGGUAGCGGAAAGCAAAAGGGCCGAUAUCCCAUUUCUAAAUGAGGCGGAAAAGGUAAAAAAUUCCGACGAACUUUUAACGAGGAAUAGCGUUAACGGUUCAAUUUUUGCAAUAAAUAACCCUACGAAAGGUUCGUUAAUCAUAGCGAAUUCUGUCAACCCAGCUCGCGAUAGUUUAAAUAUCGUUAAAAAAUUUGGAAAAUCGAAAGUCAGUACUAGCGAUUUGAUAUUGGGAGCUUCGCAUUCUACCAAACUCCCUCCCCGUAUUACUACUACGACUAAAAGGAGAAGGCAGAAAGGGAAAACAAACAAGACAAAGUCGUCAUCGUUCAAAGGCAAUAGCAGUAAGAAGAAAAACGUCUUGACGAGUGAUGUUUUGCCCCCGCUCUUCGUAACUGAAGCGUCGUUAAUCCCCAAAGCUCGCGAAAGAAAGCCCAAGUACAAGAACAUAGCAGGAAUAAUAGGGCCCGGUUCGAGCGCGGUGGCUAUACAGGUUCAAAAUUUGUUACAGACCUUCAAUAUUCCUCAAAUAGAUUUCUCGACGAGCAAAGAUCUGAGCAACAAGAAAAUGUUCAAAACAUACAUGAGGGUAGUCCCAUCAGACGAAUAUCAAGCGCAGGUCAUGGUAGAUAUUCUCAAGCUUAACGGCUGGUCUUACAUAGCCGCGAUAAAUACCGAAGGUAACUAUGGAACGAGCGGCAUGACAGCGUUUAAGACUCGGGCUAAACUGGCCGAUUUAUGUAUAGCUUUCGAAGACAGCGCUUUCAACAGCGCGGAGCAAAAGGAUUUUGACAGAAUUGUGCUGGAAAUUUCAUCCAUACCUAGGAUCAACGUGAUAGUGUGCUUUUGCGAAGGGAUAACCGUUAGGGGGUUGAUAAUAGCUACCAAAAAACUGGAGCUUAUAGGGAAAUACGUUUUCAUUGGAAGUGACGGUUGGGCUGACAGAGAUGACGUAGUGAAGGAUUACGAGAUCGAAGCCUUAGGCGGGUUAUCUGUAAGAAUAAAUUCUCCUUACGUGAAAGAUUUUGAUCCCUAUUAUUUCUCUCUUAAGCCGGGAUCCAACACAAGGAACGUUUGGUUCAAAGAGCUCUGGGAGUUCAAAUUCAGCUGCAGUUUGACUGAAACUCAGAAUAAAUGUUCAGAGAACUUAUCAUUGAUCCAAGACUACAAGCAGGACACCAAACUAGCCUUCGUCAUCAACGCGGUGUAUACAAUAGCCCACGGGUUGAGUCAGAUGCACAAGAUAGAGUGUGGCGGUCUCCCCGGACUAUGCCCAGUCAUGAAGCCGAUCAAUGGUUCACUCCUGUUGGAAUAUUUGCUAAAUGUUACUUUUAAGGGGGUCAAUGGGGAAAUCAUCAAUUUCGACGAAAAUGGGGAUCCUCCUGCCAAGUACGAUAUUGUGAAUUACCAGAGGAUCGGUGCCAAUCGAUUCGGAUAUACACAAAUAGGAGAUUGGAAGAAUAAUACUCUGACUUUUAGCACCGUCAAAUAUAAACCGCCUUCCGAUUAUAAUGGAACAACCGUUAAAUCUAUUUGUAGCGAUGCUUGUGGGAAAGGAUUCAUAAAAAGUAUUAAGAAAGGUGGAUUGACAUGUUGUUGGGAAUGUAGGGAAUGCAAGCCUAACGAAUUUGUUAUAGAUGAAUUGACGUGCAAGACUUGUCAAAUGGGUUAUUGGCCAGAUUUCAAUAGAACAAUGUGCCUAAAGGUCCCGGAGAGAUACGUACGAUGGAACGAUCUUGCCAGCAUAAUAGCUCUGACAAUGGCUACCCUUGGCGGAACACUCACUUCUUUAGUGCUGAUAGUUUUUACGAAGCAUAAUAACACGCCGGUCAUUAAAUCGUCUACGCGGGAACUUAUGUACGUUAUACUCGUGGGUAUAAUAAUUUCUUUGUCGACAUCGAUCCCUCUCUCUACUAAGCCCAAUCGCGUAUCUUGCGCCAUGAACAGAAUCAUGCCCGGUUUCGCUUUCUCCAUGAUAUAUUCGGCCUUGGUGACCAAGACGAAUAGAAUCUCUCGUAUACUGGAAGGAGCCAAGAGUAAAGAUCAUAUCAUCACUCACAAACCGAAGUUUAUGAGUUUGUGGGCUCAACUGGUCAUAACACUUUUUCUCGUGGCCAUAGAAAUUGUUAUAUUGAUAACUAUGACAAUUUGGGAACCCCCGGGCACCAAGUUGCAAUACGCCGCUAUAACUUCUUCGGGAGACGUUUCGAAGAACGUGGAAAUUAUUUGCGCUACCUCUAACAUAGCCAUAAUGGUACCUCUUAGCUACAAUUUCUUUUUGAUAGGACUGUGCACACUUUACGCCGUGAAAACUAGAAACCUACCCGAAAAUUUUAACGAGGCAAAAUUUAUAGGAUUUUGUAUGUACACUACGUGCGUCAUCUGGAUAGCAUUUGUUCCAGUAUAUUUCGGUAGCGACUCCAAGGCGAUCUCUUACAAUUUUUGCGUCAUAUUGAGCGCCUACGUAGCCCUCGUAUUCCUUUUCUUCCCAAAACUGUAUAUUAUCAUGUUCCGACCGGAAAAGAAUAGUAGAAUGGCUUUCAUUACAUCUAAAACCCUUAGAUAUCAUUUUGGCGGGAAUCCGGUUACCCAAUCUGUAUCCAAAUCGGAAGACGAGACUCCUAAAUAUAAUUUAUAUGGUGGAACCAAAAAUCCGAGAGCAUCUAUAAAAUUCGCGAUUAAGAAAGAACGUUCAUCUUCCAGUUCCGGUUAUACCGGCGCAAUCAAGAAGAGUGAAACUAGUAAAGGAUUUUUAACCUUUAACAUCAAAUUAGGUAAGAAGCGUAUAUUCGGACCGAAAGAACUAAGAUUAAAGAGUAGUGGUAAAAUAAGAAAGAGUUUGGCUAAACCGAAGAAACGUUCUUCUAUUGAUCUGACUAAAAGGAAAAAACUAUCAAUUAAUCAACAAAACUUUGGCCAUAUCUCUAGCUCUGUAAUUGAUAGUCACGUGAUCCCGACUAUCGUGCGUAAAUAUAGGGCAUCUAUCAGUUACCUUCAGCCUCGCACCGCCCAUGUUACUAAUGGGGUAGAAAAUGAUGCAGUUCAUACCACAAGGAAAAUCAAAUUAUACUCCUCCUUACUUUCCCUAGAUUCAAAUACUCGGCACUUCUACGAACCCGAUAAAUGGGAGCCAAAUAUGAACCACGUUAACGUGAGCAACGAUUUAAAUUCGACGUUGAAAACAAUUUAUCGACGUAAUAGUUUAAAACCCGCGCAAAAAAAUUUGACCGAAUACAAUGAGGAAGAAUUUACCGCGGAAGACAACAAUCUCGAAAAGAAGAUCGUGAAUAAAGGGGAUUCGUCGAAGGGAAGCGAUUAUUCAGAAAAUAUUCGCGGGGAAGGACGAUUAAAAACUUCUUAUAAAGACACCUCUUCAACGUUAUACAGUAGAGAGUUAAUGGAAGAACUGAGGGAAGAGUUCGGAGGAGUUGCCAGAAAGUAUUGUCCAAGAAAAGAUGACGGCACUAUAGGUAAGAUAAAAUGGCCUAAGAGAAUAUCGUCAUUGCGAUACGACGAUUCGGAUGUUAUCGAGGCUAUCUCAAAGGAUCGAUUCGAUAUAAACCUUUACUGCGACUACGGUAAAACGGUGGCGGAAUUUAAGUCCACAAAAAAUCUUUCUUCGCGCUCUGGCACAAAUAUAAAUGGUUCGGUCAAAGUUGUUAACAAGGGUUGUCAAACGGAGACCCAUAAAUGGGUCGCCUUCCUGUUGAAUAUGUGGGUCAAAGAUAAAAAUAACGACAAGAACGAUGAUUUCGAAUUGUUCAAGGAAAUGGAGGGGAAAAGGAAGUCUAGAAAGAGGAAAAAAAAGUUGAAAAAUUACCCCAGCGUUUUGCCGAUAUACGAUACGUCAAUUUUUACUGCCAAUUAUCGUUCUCAAACUUCUCCAGAAAAUUCCGUUAAAAAUCAUGCUAACGUUAGUGUAACAACUAACGGUGGUAACCUUUCUGGUGAAAAAUCUACGGGUCAUCAUACCAAUUCUAGCCCAGAACCCAAUAUAUUAGAAAUAGAACAGUUAGUUGAACCAUAUAAAACAAUUCACAUAUCCGUAAAAAUUCCGGAACUUAACAUAACGCGCAUAUAAAAAUUUUCAUAAAUGACUUGUUUUAAUAAUUACGUAAUUCUCAUUUGAAACUGUUUUGUGAAUUCUAUUAGAGAUAAAUUUUUUAUUAUAGUUAAUUAUAAUAUUCAUAACUUCGCGGUAAUAAGAUUCUGGAUCAGUGCGAACUAAUCUCUAGAAUCUUUUCUUGUAAAUGAGUAAACAUCUACGACAGAAGUAAGAAAGAAAUAUAAAAUAUUUAGGUGUUUUUCAGUUCAGAACUAAUUAAUUUGAUUUAAAUAACAUGGUUUAUUUUUUUAAGAUUUUAUUUUUACCCUGACCUUCUUAUUAUA